CUUUUAUUUAGAAUGUAAUAUGUGGCAUUUUGCAUACUGUCUUACUUUACUGGUGGGAUAAGAAAACAAAACCGGGUAACAAGCGUUUGGCGGACAACUGUGGGUUUCUGCGACUAAACUAACUCAUACAAUCCAAGGAGUGAUGGGGGGCAUGAUCAACCGGAUCCCUUCUGAUUGAUUACUUAUUAGUCAUCCCUUUGGCUUAAUGAGACCCAUUGAAAAGGCACAGUAGAACACCUGCAUGAAUCAAACAUUCCUGAAUCUCUCCAGAAGAGUCUUACUUUUGCUUAAACGCGGGCAAGGAAAGGGGGUCGUGGCUUAACAUUAGCCAAUAAGGGGGAUAUUACAGUAUCGCUUCAUGGGUUUAUUUAGACUGAUUCUACGGUUUGACAAGCAGCUGUAAAGAAAAAAAAACAGAAAGAGAAACUCGGGAAGAUUUUAUAGAGGAGCAUUGUGGACCUACGAAUUUUAUUCUUAUCUAAUUUAUAUCUAUCCAUUGCUCUUUAUAUAUUGUUUAUCACUCCUUCUCCUGAAAAUGAAACUUUGGACUUUUCCCUGGCUGCCUUGCCUGGUGAUACUCAUCUUGUGUUUUGGAUCAGAGUGCGGGACUGUCCGGAGAAAGGGGAGAUCCAAAAGGGACUUGGUGCGUAUCAGGGAGGCGAGAGCCACCUUCCCAGGGGCUUGUGCCACACGUCUGCCGCGGGGCAAACGCUCCUUGCCCGGCAUGGAACGACGGGUGCCUCGCCAGCGUCGGCGCUCCUCUCAGGCGGAGGAGAACUCUCCAAGUCGGGUGAAAGCUGUUUAUUUUACCGGCAGGGGAGACCAACUUCGGCUUAAACCGAGCGUGGAGAUACCGAGAGGGAAUUUUACUCUGGAGAUGUGGAUCAAACCAGAGGGAGGCCAACGAUCUCCUACGGUGAUUGCAGGUCUGUACGACAAGUGUUUCUACGCCUCCAGCGACCGGGGUUGGCUGCUGGGCAUCCGGGCGGUCAGCGAGCAGGGCAACCGUGACCCACGCUUCUUCUUCUCCCUAAAGACGGACCGUGCCCACAAGGUCACCUCCGUCCACUCCAACGCCCGCUACCUGCCCAACACCUGGGCCCACCUGGCAGUCACCUACGACGGGCUCUACAUGAAGCUCUACGUCAACGGCGCCCAGGUGGGCGUCAGCCGUGAACAGUCGGGCAACGUCUUCAGCCAUCUGACCAAGAAGUGCAAGGUGUUGAUGGUGGGUGGGAACGCUCUGAACCAUAACUACCGGGGGACUGUGGAGAGGGUAAGUCUGUGGAGGGAGGCCCGGGGACAGAGGCAGAUAAUCAGGGACAUGGAGGGUCACGAAAAUCCUCAAGAUGCUCCUCUGCUGGUGAUCAGGGAGACCUUUGAACACCCUGCCCGGAAGUGGCUGACAGUGAAGGAUGGGAGCUUCCCCCAGCCAGAGGAGGGUUGCAGCAGGGCGGGGCAGGCUGGAGUAGGGGUAGGAGAAGGUGGAACUGGAGGGUCUCUGGACACUACCCUGGAACCCCCGCCCUGUGGUCAAACUGUCUGUGACAACGUGGAAGUGGUGACCAACUACAACCGCACCUGGACCUUCCGGAAGUCCAAGACGGUACGUUACCGUGUGGUCAACGUGUGGGACGACGCUCGGCGCCGGCCCACCGUCACGCCUCGUCAGAUCCACCUGCAGCACCAGCAACUCAACGACGCCUUCGCCGUCUACAACAUCACCUGGGAGCUGAGCGUCCACAACGUCACCAACUCCUCGCUGCGCCACCGUCUGGUCCUGGCCAACUGUGACAUCAGCAAAGUGGGUGACGAGGCGUGCGACCCAGAGUGCAACCACACGCUGACGGGUUUAGACGCGGGUGACUGUAUUAGGCACCGUAGCCACUGCCCUCAGUCCAAGCAGGGCAACGGGGUGUGCGACCCCGAGUGUAAUUGGGACAACUUCUUCUACGACAACGGAGACUGCUGUAACCCCAAUGUGACGGAUGUGACCAAGACCUGCUUCAACCGCUCCUCUCCACACAGAGCCUAUUUGGAUGUAAAGGAGCUGAAAGAGAUCCUGAAUCUGGAUGGCUCCACUCACCUGAACGUCUUCUUUGCCAACUCGUCUGAUGAAGACCUGGCUGGAGUUGCUACUUGGCCGUGGGACAAAGAAGCAUUAACACAUUUGGGUGGCAUUGUUCUGAAUCCCUCCUUCUACGGCACAUUUGGUCACAACCACACCAUGAUCCAUGAGAUCGGCCACAGUCUUGGGCUGUACCACGUGUUCCGGGGGAUCUCAGAGAUUGAGUCCUGUAACGAUGCAUGUCUGGAGACUGAGCCCUCGUUGGAGACAGGAGAUCUGUGUGAAGACACUAACCCCACGCCCAAGUACAAGCACUGCAGAGACCCUGAGCCUGGCAACGACACCUGCGGGCGUCGCCACUUCACAAACACACCGUACAACAACUACAUGAGCUACGCAGAUGACGACUGUACGAACUCUUUCACCUCCAACCAAGUUGCCCGGAUGCACUGCUACCUGGACCUGAUCUACCAGACGUGGCAGCCCGAUCCCAAGCCACCCCCUGUGCCCAUGGCACCCCAAGUGGUGGAGCAGGAGCAUGCCGCCAUUACCCUGGAGUGGUUCCCGCCUAUUUCCGGCCACUUCUACGACAGAGAAGUGGGAUCAGUGUGUGAUAAAUGCACAGAGGGCCGGGUACUGAUGCAAUACGCAUCCAACUCCUCGUCCCCCCGACCCUGCGCCCCCUCUGGACACUGGAGCCCCCGCGAGGCCGAAGGACCUCCAGACGUGGAGCAGGCAUGUGAGCCCAGCGUGCGUACCUGGAGCCCCAACGCCGGCAUCGAGCAGUGGGUUGUGGGGCUGUCUGAGUGCCCCCUGCAGGGUUGCAUGCUCCAGCUGGAGUUCCCCCACCCACUAGUACCCGACUCCCUCACCGUGUGGGUCACCUUCUUCAGCCCCGAGGAGAUGGCCCUUCCCGCCAUCCACAACAUCCUGCUCCUGACCGUCAGUGGAAACAACCUCUCGCUGGGUCCUAGUAACGUGUUCUGUGAUGCGCCGCUGACGCUGAAGCUGGACGUGGAGGAGGAGGUGUACGGCGUGCAGUUCUUCACCAUGGAGCAGCAUCUGGAGAUUGACGCCACCCUACUGGCGUCCAAGCCCGACUGCCCGCUGUGUCGCCACUGCAAGCCACUCAUCCACCGACUGCUGCGUCAGCCGCCAUUCUCCCAUACCCCCCAUGGCGUGCUGUUGAACAACCCUGCCAGGCGAUACACUGACAGACCCACGCCGGAGCAUAUUUCACAUGCCAGUUAUUGUCCCUGGUGGCCCCCGGUGGCCCCCGUAUCUACUGGGGAGUGUUUGGAGAUGGGAGGCCGAGAGUGGUUGUUGAUCUUGGCAGACGACGUGAAGGAAGCCUCAUAUGUGGUACCAGCUAAAGAUUACUCCCCUGUGUGUGUGUGUGUGUGUGUGUGUGUGUGGGACGUGGUACCAGGCAGUGUGUACACCUACCAGGUCCAAACCAUCUCCGCCCGCAGUGAAAGUGAACCGUCUCCACCCCUCACCCAUCAGCUUGGGGCACCAUACUGCGGAGACGGACGCGUCCAGAGGGCCCAGGGAGAGGAGUGUGAUGAUAUGAACUCCAUGAAUGGAGACGGCUGCUCCAGCCAGUGUGAGAAGGAGCCCUUCUUCAACUGUGUCGAGGAGCCCAGUAUGUGUUACUUCUACGACGGUGACGGAGUGUGUGAGGACUUUGAGCGGGAGACCAGCGUGAGGGACUGUGGCCUGUACACCCCCAGUGGGUUCCUGGACCAAUGGGCCACAACCGUACUGGUGUCCCACCAGGAGAGUCUCUACUGCCCAGCCGAGGUGGCCGCCGGCUACCCUGCCGUCACUAAAACAUGCCAGUCCAAGGUAUUUGACCUUUCUGACGGAGUGUCCCAGUACGCCUGGUUCCCCUGCAGAGAGGCCCUGCAGUCCUCCAGAUACCCUCAGUACUGGCUCAAGGCCAACUUCUCCCACCCCAUGGUGGCUGCUGCUGUGAUAAUCCACCUAGCUGCAGAUGGUACGGGCUACAUCGACCAGACGCAGUGCAACAUCACUGUUAAACUGGUGGACACCAAGGAGGUCAUCCACAGCUUAGGCGAUUGGCGUCUGAGCUGCAGGACCAACCCCCUGGUAAUCCCAGUGAGCCAUGACCUGAGUGUGGCCUUCUACCACACCAAGUCCAUCCUGGUCGAGUUCCGCUCCCACCUGGUAGCCAUCUCUGGCGUGGGCCUGCGCUCCUUCCAGUUCUUUGACCCAAUCACCAUCAGCGGGUGCCAGAGCAACGAGAUCUACAACCCCAUGGGUCAGAGCUGUGUCCAUUACUCGUGUGAGGCCAUCGACUGCCAGGAUCCGCUGAUCCGCAAUGCAGAGCUCAAGUGCAGCAGUCUGGGCUUCUUCAACGGAGCUCGCUGCACCAUCACCUGUAACUCUGGCUACGUCCUGCAGGUCCACAGAGACGAUGACAUCAUCAAGACUCAGUCGGACUCAACAGUGACCAUCACCUGUGCAGAUGGAAAGUGGAAUAAGCAGGUGUCGUGUGAGCCAGUAGACUGUGGCCUACCAGACAAGUACCACGUCCACCCAGCCCACUUUAACUUCCCUGAGGGAACUACUUAUGGCAAGAGGAGUACCUUCCAGUGCAGGGAGCCUGCCCAGCUUGUAGGUUCUAACAACACCCUGACGUGUCUGGAGGAUGGUCUGUGGUCGUUCCCCGAGGCGCUGUGUGAGCUGCGCUGUCCGGCAUCGCCCCAUGUGCCCAACGCCAUGCUGCAGACCAAGCGCUGCAAUGACACAGGCCUCAAAGUGGGCUCCCUCUGCAAGUACAAGUGCAAGCCGGGCUACCACGUCACCAACAAGCCCAAAAGGCGAGCAUUUAAGCGUCAGUGCACGGAGGACGGCAGCUGGCUGGAGGGGGCGUGCGAACCGGUGACCUGUGACCCUCCGCCCGCCAUCUUCCACGGCAUGUACCAGUGCACCGACGGCUUUCGCUUCGACAGCACCUGCUGGAUCAACUGCCCCAGAGCCAACCACACGCAGGGGCCCAGCACCAAUGUGAUCCGUUGUAGGAAGGACGGCAACUGGACGGGUUCCUUCAAGCUUUGUCCUCAGAGCAAGGGACAGUGCUCUCUACCUCAAAACCUUAACCCUAGCAUACGAGUCAGCUGCAAGAAGGGACAUGGAAUAGGUGAGGAGUGUGAGCUGACGUGCAGGGACAAUAACAGCGACGUGGUGAUCCUGCUUAGCAACAUGACCGCAGACAGCAUGCGCAAGGAGCACUGGAGAAACCCACCCAAAGUCAAGAAUAUAGUGUGUACAAUGGGACUGAAGUGGUAUCCACACCCAGAGGUGCUCCACUGCAUCAAAAGAUGUGAUCCGUUCAUUGGAGACAAUUACUGUGACUCGGUCAACAACCGAGCCUUCUGUAACUACGACGGAGGGGACUGCUGCCACUCCACCGUCAAGACCAAGAAGGUAAUCCCGUUCCCCAUGUCCUGUGACAUACGGGAAGACUGUGCCUGCCGAGACCCCAAAGCUGCAGAGAACUGGAAAGAAGAGCACGUCCACUCCCUGGGGUGACACCCCCCCCCCCCCCCCACCCCAAACCCUCACCCCAAAACCACCCACACCUGGACUGGGACCGAAGGCGACCCGCUGUCCCCUUCCUCCCCCUAACCUCCUCCACAUGCUGCUUUACAGGAGUAGCUCUCCACCCAUACUGCACCCUCCUAACAGACACCUGCCUCCGACUUCUCCACAUUGGGAAAGAUGAACAGAUCAGACUAGAUAGGCUAAGGGAAAACCCAUUUCUUAAAGAAAGGAAAGAAUCUGCAAAGUCACCAACCACCAAAACAUAUACAGCAAGAGAAAAAAAGAAAACACAAAUACAAAACAUUUUUUUUGGAACGAACAAUAUAUAUAAAAAAUGACCCCAAAACAAACCCAGACUGGAUAGCAUGCCUUUUGUUUAGUUUGGUGCCAGCUUCCGUGUCCAUUUAAAACCGUACAAUCUCAUAUGAUUUCCCCCCCCCCUAAAAGAUACGUUAUCCAUAUCAUAUGGAAUCUUUUUUUUUGGGGGGGGGGGGGUUGAAGUCAUCAAUGGUGGCACUGAAUGACAGACAGAAGGACUAUUGCCAAAAUAACAGAUAGUAUGAAUGCACUUGACGUGCCCUCAUGUUGUAUUGCUCCAGAGCUGGUGAGAGUGCCGUUCCUGGAGAUAUCACAGCACAGGGUUCAGGCUGUCAGUUCCCUCUGUCUUCUCUCGAUGGAAAUGCCUUUGCUUUUUCUUCAUAUAUCACAGGCUUAGAAGCUCUGCUCUUACACAGAUGUGAAAUAGGAAAGAUAAAGAGUUGGUGGGGAUAUAGGCGACCCUAUUGAUAAAGAGAUUCAAACCAGAGAAGUCUAACAUAUUACAGGAAGUGACAUCACAUGCAAUGAAGACAUAUUGCAAUGCAAAAAAAAAAAAAAAAACUGUUAUUAUGGCUGCUCCUGCUGCUACUACUUUUGCUGCUACUUUGCCAUAUGACCAACUGCAUACUAUUACUACCCAGUGAGGUUGGACGGAGCCCCAUCUGCCGCACCGCUUACCUCCUAACACCAUGCAUUAGUGGACACUUGUAUCUGCAUGUACAGUACACUCAACUCAAACCGAGAAUAAACACUCCUGGCAACAUUGCAAAUGGUUAGUGGAGAAAAAACAAACAGUUGCAAUAGCCUCAUAAUGUUGAUGUCUAAAACCUCAGAAAACACAACACCUCACAUUUCCAUUUCUGUACCUUUUUGGUUUAUGCAGUCCAAUAGGCCCGAAGACUUAAUAGGUUAUUCGUCUAUCAGAGAACAUACCAGGAAUGUCUAACCAAAAGCAAUGUUGACUCAAUACAAAAAUGCAAAUACUUAAUACCGAAUUUAAAACGACUUCAAGAAUGUGAUUGACACUCGAAAACACAGAACCUGGCGAAUAGUGGUCAGUGUUCAUUCACAACUACAUCCUCCCAACGGUUUCCAGCGGCAUAGUAUAGCCUUGACUUCAAUAGGCUUCAAUAGUUCAACAGUACAUACGCACACAAACAACACGGAGGCUGUCCUCAUUUUAGUACAGACAUCUGGAUGUAUUCGUUGUCAACAAGUAGCAUUUAGAACAGCAGUAGUAGUACUACAGUUUAUGCCUGAGACACUAUUGUCUUGGCUUCUCUUGAGCCCAAUGGCUUGACAGACUGCAUGUGUUUAGUAGCCCAGCUUGGCCUUUUCUUACCUGCAUUAGUGCUGGAGGUGCCAUCCCUGGCACUAGUAGUGUGACUUUUGUACCUAUCCCCCCAUUAACCACACAACAACCUUUACUUCAAAUAGACUCACAUUUCAUAGCCCGUAAACAAAAUGUGCAAAUGCAGAUACACUCACACACACACACCUGUAUAACUGAGUCCUCCUCAUCAGCAUAUUGUCAUGAAGGCUGCUUGGCUUAAGGUCCACAGGCUGCUGCUCCAUGUUUCAGCCAUCCCUGGGCUAUCUGGUCAUAAAUGUAUACAACCCUGUGUAUUCCUCUUAGGCUGGGUUCACACAGGCAGCCCAAUUCCGAUCUUUUUUUCAUUAAUUGACCGAUCACAUCAGGUCUUUUCACAUCAGCUCUGAAAAAGACCAAUUAGUGAAGAAAAUAUCAGAAUUGGGCUGCCUGUCUAAACGCAGCCUUAGGGCUGUUUUCAGUCCAUGUCUCGGAAGUUCAGCGUCACAGCUUGAUUGAAAUGUAAAGGCAUUUGUUCUCGCGUUAGCGGAGACUGCAUUCACUGUAAAUGCUGCAUAUAUCGACUCAAUUGGAAAUGACCUUUACAUUUUUCUAGCGCACAAUCUGUAACGCUUAGAGCCCUUGAAUAGAGCCCUAAACGCUCUCAUCCGAUAUGGAUCAAUGGGAUGGUCUCUUUGACUCCUCAACAUAGGCUGCUAUAAGGCAUUCCAGAAUAUUCCCAUACACCUUUCAGUUCUGACCAAUCACUGGUCACCAUAGAUACAGACAGAGUAGAGAGAUAGUAGGACAAUACCACGUCACACAGUAAAGUAGGGAGACAUUUCAACGUCAAAUGUACAAUGUAAAUAUGACAUUUUCAGUGUAAUACUGCUUUUUACGCCCGUAGAGGUGAAAAAAGACAACUUUACAAUUGUUCUCCUGUUAAAUUUUCUCAUUUAUGUAAAAUUUUUACAAAAUGUCGUAAUAUUUCAUCAGUAUUUUGUAUUAUUUACCUCAGUUACUGCACUUUUAGGUUGCCUUUUAAGAAGAAAAAUAUAUGUCAAAACGUUUAGAAGCUGCUAUUGUCAGAAAGGUGAUUUGAAAAAGUGUAUGAUGUUUUUGUCAUUUGACACUCCUAUGCUAUUACUAUUAGCUUUCCUGUGAUUAGCAUCGUUGUAUUCCCACCCGUAUCCAUUAUCAUAUGAUUACGAUAUUAUUGUAUCAAGGCUAUAUAACCUGGGACUUGCGCCAUUUUUUAAAAUGUAGGUUCAAAUAUAAAAGAGUCAGAUGUACACGUUUUGAAAUAUUAUACAUGAUAUUAAUGUAUUUUGUGUUCCUCCUGGUUAGGAGACAAACUUUUCAUUUUUUUUUCUCCAUGGUUCGUGUAAUGCACCAUCUUAUGUAUUUGAUGCAAAUUGUGGCGUGGAAACCAUGGAACCAUGGAGAACGGAUAACUAAAUGAAGAAACUACCCCAAACAAAAAAGGGACUCUAGAAAGAUACAGAAUUGAAAGACUUUAAUAACCUGAGUGAAGGAACUGUGGAGACUACAUUCAUUGUUAUAUAGCCUACAUCAGCUUCGACAAUUGUGCAUUUAACACUUUAUACAAUAUAUAUCCCUGGUAAAUUGAACUGUGUUAUGUUGAUAUAAUCAAAUGGUAUGAAAUAAUACUCCAAAUACUGCUGCUUUCAUUAGAGAUAUUACUAGUAGGGAGAGAUUCAACAGCACUACACAAAGCCAACAACCGUACUGUGGAUUAUCAUCAUCUGCCAACACUCUCACAGGAGAGUUUCUAAAAAGCCAUCCAUAGACUAACCCAAGGGUUAUCUUGCCAUUGGACCCUCCCUUCUCUCAAACUGGACAAACAUUAUAGAUCUGUCAUCUAUUUCACCCCCCCCCCCUUCUUUCACUUAACUAUAGCUCUUGUCUUCGACACUGUCUUGUGUCGUCAUCCUCAUCAAUGUCAUUACACAGUCCGGAGACCAGAAACAGUGACUCUCCGAGAAAGGGAUAUGACAGUCUUUACAGAAUGUGACUGCUUCUGUGUCAACAUGUACACAGCCCAUGAUGUAUGGUCUGGCUUUAGUCUUCUGAUGUGUUCUCUGUACUGGGCAAGGUACUGUUCCAAAGCCAUAAAGCCAGGAUGUUAUGAAAUGAAGUUUCAGAUGUGAUGUUUUGUAUACGAGAACAUUGCCUCUCUACUGUAAGCCACCACAGCAUACCUUCGCUGUACCUCAUGCCUGUAAUGUUUGCUGCUUCUAUAUGUUGGUAUUUAGUGAUAUUUGCGUCUCUUAGCAAUGGUGUAAAUAGUAGAACUAUUUAUUGAGAGUGUGUUAUACUUUUUUAAGUUAUAUUUAAUGUUCAUGUAAAUUAUUUUUUACAUUGCUCUUAUAAACAGACAUAUUGGUUGUUGGAGUUAAAAACUUUUUUUUUCUCUUCCUUUAAUUGUCAUUUUUAUUUCUGUCACAAUGCCGUUGUCACAAAGCGCUGGUCAAGGUCGUUGUCUCAUUGGUCACUGGGGUAGAUAGACACUACUCUCGCCCAAUGAGAAUUCCCCACAUGUUUAUGCAGUGCACAAGUAUAAUUUCUUUCAUUUCUAUAUUGCAAAUCCAGAAUGUUCUGUCAUUUUCCACAUUUUAUUUUAUUCGAUAACUCUUUAAUAGUAAACCGAACUUGCUCUAAGGGGAGAACCUAUAUCAUGUUGAAGUAGGUAGAUCCAUACUCAAUGAACUCUGAGGAGUGGUCAGGCAGACGGGGGUGCUCCAGGUGGGUUGAUGAUAGAGGGGCUAGAGAAGGGGUGGGAUGGGUGGAGGUGGGCUGCUUUUCCUGGCGGUCCUGGGUAUUUGUCCAGGUGUAAAAACUGUGUACACACAGGGCUGCCCCUGGGCCAGGACCGAUGAGUCUAAGUUUCUCUUGAGACGGCGGCUGUUCACUGCAGCACUCCCCUCCUGACACUCCGGGCCAUCCGUCACUGUCAGGCAGAAGAAACGGCAGGCUAGCGUAGCGGUCAGGUCAGAUAGGGAAUGCCUUGGAGGUGAGGUGGGUCGCAUGGAAGAGCAGGGAGGAGGGAGAACUGGAAUACUACCUAACAUAUGAGCCCUAGUGCAGCAGCUUGAGGAACUGCUCUGUCCUUCACUGUCAGACAGAAGAAACGGCAGGCUAGCGUAGCGGUCAGGUCGGAUAGGGAAUACCUUGGAGGUGGGUUGGGUCGCAUGGAAGAGCAGGGAGGAGGAGAACUGGAAUACUACCUAACAUAUGAGCCCUAGUGCAGCAGGUUGAGGAACUGCUCUGUCCUUCACUGUCAGACAGAAGAAACGGCAGGCUAGCGUAGCGGUCAGGUCAGAUAGGGAAUGCCUUGGAGGUGAGGUGGGUCGCAUGGAAGAGCAGGGAGGAGGGAGAACUGGAAUACUACCUAACAUAUGAGCCCUAGUGCAGCAGGUUGAGGAACUGCUCUGUCCUUCACUGUCAGACCAGAGGAGUAAAAUAAAUCAACAUUUGAAAUGCAUGGCAGAGAGUCCGUUUCAAUGUCUUUACAUUAGUGGUGGAAAAAGUACCCAAUUGUCAUACUUGCGUGAAAGUAAAGACACCUUCAUAGAAAAUGACUCAAGUAAAAGUGAAAGUCACCCUGUAAAA